GUUCCGCCUCCUUGCGUCACUUCCGUAAACAAAGGGCAUUGUGAAGGCGAGAGCUCCGGGAUGUGACCCCGGCUCAAGCUGCAGCUGUAGCAUCGGCGGCUGCAGCUGCGGCGGUGACUUCAGAGGCCCCGGGGUCCUUGCAGGUUGAGGAAGAGGACCCCGAUCCCCUUCUUCCCCAGGUUAUAAGAAGCUGGCCUUGGUGCAGUAAGGAACUUAAAACAAUGGAGGAGCGCAAAGUGAAGAGGAGGAGUCCUAAGUCUUUUAGUGCCCACUCUACUCAGGGUGUUAAUGCCAAAAAAAAUGCCAUUCCAGUUAGUAAAAGCACGGGGUUUUCAAAUCCUGCAUCACAGUCAACUUCACAGCGACCAAAGUUAAAAAGAGUGAUGAAAGAAAAGACCAAACCUCAGGGUGGAGAAGGCAAAGGCGCUCAGUCAACCCCGAUCCAGCACUCCUUCCUCACCGACGUCUCCGAUGUCCAGGAGAUGGAGAGGGGGCUCCUCAGCCUUUUGAAUGACUUCCACUCUGGAAAACUCCAAGCAUUCGGAAAUGAAUGUUCCAUUGAACAGAUGGAACAUGUUCGGGGAAUGCAGGAGAAAUUAGCUCGCUUGAAUUUGGAGCUCUAUGGGGAGCUAGAGGAACUUCCUGAGGAUAAGAGAAAAGCAGCCAGUGACUCCAAUCUGGAUAGGCUUCUGUCUGAUCUAGAAGAAUUGAAUUCUUCCAUAAACCCUAGAGCUGCACUGUCCAAUAUGGCAGCCACUAGCCAAGUAACUACUGAGCACACGCAGUGUCGGCAACAUGGAUUGACAUGUGCUUUAAGUAUAACGUGCACACCUGAUUUCAAAGAUUUAGAAUGAAAAGAUGUAAACUAUCUCAAUAUUUUUAUGAUUACAUGUUGAAAUGAUAAUUUCAUGAUUAUGAGUAUAAGUAAAAUAUUUUUAAAACUAUGUCUGUGGCUUACAUUAUAUUUCUAUUGGACAGUACUGCUGUAGACUUUAGACAUUGCCACUGAGUUAUUCUUCCUAAAACAUCACUUUCAUCUUGCCAUUCUUGUUUCUUACGAAGUUUUUACUAUGUCAGAUUUCUAAAAGGUUCUCAGUAAUUUGAUCACAGCGUAUUCAUCCUGUUAUAGUUUUCAUUAUUUUUCAUUCCCACCAAGUUGGCUCUCUGGAUGCCCAAGUUCAUGCUCACCUUAAUGCCUUAGUUCAGGUUGUACUUUCUACCUAGAGUUGCUCUGGCCUCCCCCUUCUCCUUAUCAAAUAACACUCAAGCUGACCACUUCCAUAAAGCAUUUUGUUUGUACCCCAAACUAGCAUUCUGUGUUAUUUCAUUAUCUGUUGAUAUGUGUUAAAUCUCAACCUUCCAAUUGAACAAGAUAUGUCUCUGACGGCACAGCUCAUGUCUGUACAUUUUUGCAAACGUCUGCUGUACACGUAUUCCUAGCAUUUAGUUGUCCUCAGUAUAUCCAGAUCAUUGUUGAGUCUUGAAUUGAGUCUUGAAAAACAGGUGGCAAGUGGAUCAUAUAUAUGAAAGAGGAAAAUGAAAGGCAGUGAUGAGAAGGGAAUGGAAUAAACUAUGCAGGAAUUUUAUUCUAUUUCCAGUUUUCUUGAAGAAUAAUUCAGAGGAUUAUAGGAAAGGUUUUAGAGCUAUGACGAUUUUAUUUCAUUCUCUUGGACUUUCACAAAGAAAUUAUUUUCCCAAGGAAAUGAAGUGGUGUUGUCUUUUCAAGUGAAUUUUGUUAAUCCAGUAAGUUUUCAUAUUUGCCUCUAAUCAGCUUCUUACCAUGAAAAUGAUUCUUGCUGCAUUAAAAUAAUUCUGUGCUCUAUUAGAACCUGGAACAUAGUCUUUUUUCUUUUUUUUAAGCCCUAUUUUUUAUUUUUAUUUUUUCUUUUUUUGGCUGCGUUGGGUCUUCGUUGCUGCGCGUGGGCUUUCUCUAGUUGCGGCGAGUAGGGGCUACUCUUCGUUGUGGUGCAUGGCCUUUUCAUUAUGGUAGCUUCUCGUUGCGGAGCACAGGCUCUAGGUGCGCGGCUUCAGUAGUUGCGGAGCACAGGCUCCAGGCGUGCGGGCUUCAGUAGUUGCAGCGCGUGGGCUCAGUAGUUGUGGAAUACAGGCUCUAGGCAUGUGGGCCUCAGUAGUUGUGGCUCACGGGCUCUAGAGAGCAGGCUCAGUUGCUCCAUGGCACGUGAGAUCUUCCCGGGCCAGAGAUUGAACCUGUGUUCCCUGCAUUGGCAGGCGGACUCUUAAUCACGGCGCCACCAGGGAAGUCCUGGAACAUAGUCUUGAAUCAGUGAUUUGUUUUUAAAUCUUCAAAUUCUAGACAUAGUAAAAUUACUUUACUCCAUUUAAAGAUUGUCUUACCACAUCCAAGUUUCUCAAUAGCAGCAUAGGCACUUUCCCUUUAAACAUACUUCUUUUUUUAUUACCUCUGUCUCUUAGCUCUUGAAUGUAAUUUCCAGAAACUUAAAAGAAGUACUCAUUAGAGAAUGAGAAUCUUCU